CACUUGGCAUUCCCGAACGGGAAAACUGAAGUGGGACGAAGCGGAGGCUUUUCUUCCGCUUUGGCUAUUCGAAACUACUUUUGCUGGGGUAAAGGUAGAAGUAGAACAAACAAAACGGUGAAGCUAAAGAUUUAAAAUUAUGGCAACUCUCUCCCUCUUCGCCGCAAGCUCACUGCCAUUUUGCUUCUCGCCCGCGAGCCGCUGACGUCUUCUUCGAUGCGAUCUCGGAAGAGUGAAGGAAGCAGGGCUAGCAAAGAGGUGUUGUGAUUUAUCGGUGAGGCGGCAGCGGUAAUUGAGGACGCGGAGUUGAAGAAAUCAGCGAUCGGAGGAAGCGGUUUCUGGUGGUGGUGAGAAGCAGGGCGGACUCCAAGAUGUUGGCCUGUAUCGCCUGUUCCAAGCACGACCCGGAAGAUGGCGGGGACGACACCGCCGCGCGUGCGCCCACCAAUCCAAGCUCCAAAGACCCCGUCAGAAGCCUCACUUCUCAGUUGAAGGACAUGGUGUUGAAGUUCUCCGGCACGCAUCGACAUUGCAAAGGUGGUAGUAGCUCUUCGUUCGGAAAGAGCAAGACCCUGCAUCAUCACCAGUUUCGCGACCGCAGCACCUACCUUGACAAAGACGUGGCCUCCGACGCUGGCAGCCAGUAUGACUUCAUCCGGGCGGCAGCCAGCUCGAGCUCGACACCCGCAUGGGAUUUCUCAAGUUAUAGCAAUGACAACGUGGGGCAGUACGAGGAAGAGGGCUCCAGUUACGGGGGCAAGUGGAUUCAGCAGCAGGUGGAGGAGGACGCAGUGGUGGUGGAUGAGGAAGGCGAACCCAAGGAGUGGAUGGCGCAGGUGGAGCCGGGCGUCCACAUCACGUUCGUGUCCCUCCCAGGCGGCGCUGGAAACGACCUUAAACGCAUCCGGUUCAGCCGGGAGAUGUUCAACAAGUGGCAGGCGCAGAGGUGGUGGGGGGAGAACUACGAUAGAAUCAUGGAGCUGUACAACGUGCAGCGAUUUAGCCGUCAGGCUUUCCCAACUCCGCCCAGAUCCGACGACGGCGAGAGGGAAUCAUCGCCGCCAUUCUACACCAGGGAUAGCCAAAGCAGCCCUGUCAACCUGCCUCCAACCGGCAAAGAGCGACUCAGCAAAAGCACGUACGGGCCACCGUCCACCUCCGGGAGAGGGGCCUACUGCCCGCCUGUCCCAGAUCCUUCCCAACAUCUCCUCCUCCCACAGUACUUCUAUCCUGCGGCCUUCGCCACUGCUCCCGCAGCCGGUGUGAAGGGAGAAUGCUCCUCCAUGGACGCGUCGAGAACCACCACGUCCUCCAGAGCCUCCGUCUCCAUCAGCAAUGCCAGCGAUCUCGACGUGACUGAGUGGGUGGAGCAAGACGAACCCGGCGUGCGCAUCACCAUCCGUGAGCUGCCAGAUGGCACCCGAGAGCUUCGCCGUGUCCGAUUCAGCCGAGAACGGUUCGGGGAGGUGCGCGCUAAGCUGUGGUGGGAAGAGAACAGAGAAAGAAUACAAGCUCAGUACCUUUGAUGGGAGGCUCCCGAACAGGUAAAACAUACCUCUUUAACAGCUGCUGACCGUGAUAACCCGGAGGACCGACGCCGAUCUGCCUCACUUAUAUAAAUAUAAUUACAUAGAAAUGUACGUUGCUCCUGUCAAUCUAAUCUAAGGUCAUAGUUUGCUUAGGCUA